AUGGCCACCGUCAACCAGUCAGCCCAGACCCUCAAAGCCCUCCACAAGCCCGGAACCCCCCUCGUCCUCUCCAACAUCUGGGACGUCUCCUCCCUCAACGCCAUCGUCUCCCUCAACUCAGAGUCCUCCAAGCCCGUCAAGGCGCUGGCAACAGCCUCAUGGGCCAUCGCCGCCUCCCUCGGCAUCAAGGAUGAGGAGCUCACCAUGUUCCAGAACCUCGAGGCCAUCUCCCACAUCGCCCCCCUCGCCGAAAAGGCAGGCCUUCCCCUGUCGGUCGAUCUCCAGGACGGCUACGGAGAUUACAUCACCGCCGCCGUCACUGCGGCUGUAGAGUACGGCGCUGCUGGUGCCAACAUUGAGGAUAGCAUCCCGGCGACCGACUUUGGCAAGGGCCUCUCCGGCUCCCUCUACAAGCUCGACGAUCAGGUUGCCCGACUCAAGCGUGCUCUCGAAGCUGCCAAGAAUGCAGGCGCCCCGGACUUUGUCCUCAAUGCUCGCUGCGACGUCUUCCGGCUGGAGGACCCUGACUUGAGCCACGAGACUCGCCUGGCCGAGGCUAUCAAGCGCGGCAAAGCCUACCUCGAGGCUGGUGCUACCACCAUCUUUGUGUGGGGUGGUCCUGGACGGGGUUUGAGCAGUGAGACCGUCAAGACGCUGAUCAAGGAGUUGGAUGGAAAGGUGGCCGUCGUGCUCUCCAGAGCACCCGGGGCUCUCACCACAAGUGAGCUGGCUAGCUUCGGUGUCUCGAGAAUCAGCGUCGGGCCGAGCCUGUACAUUGCUGCGCUGGAAGCGAUCAAGUCCAAGGCUUUGUCGAUGUAUUCAGGAGGCGGACUGGCGUGA